UAACAGGUGAAUACCUAUAAAAUUAAUUAAAGCACCUCAAAAUAUCAUCACAUAGGUACUUGAAUGGUGUUUGUGUUAAACACAAACUUUUGUUAUUUUUCCUACUAUUGUUCAGUGAUGGACAAUGUACAAUCGGUCAACUUUUUUAAAUUUAAGUAUUUAACACCUGGUUUUGAAUUGUUGUUCCUAGUCCAAUUUGGAUUUUUCAAAAUGUCUCAGGUACUUCAUUAAAUUCUUAUAACAACAGUAAAUAUUAAAAUAAAAUGUUGAAAUUGAAAAUUCUUGUGUGCGUAAUAUUUAUUAAUAACGUUUAUAGCGACCGAACAAGUCCUGAUAUAAGUGAUUACGAUUCACUCAAUACAGAAGACAAUGAGAUUUCAUUUGAAAAAGGCAAUAAUGAAGAAACAACAAAUCUGUUCAAUUUAGAUAACAAUAACUUAGAAAAACGAGAUUCAAAUGAAACAAUUGAAUCAGGAAAUGACGAUAAUAAUGUAACUGAAAAAAUAGACACAGCAAAUACAAUUACUGAAAUAGCAAGCGACGUAGUCACAGAAAUAGGAGAUUCAAAAUCAAUCAAAACUAAAGAUCUUCUGAAUUCAAAUUAUACAUUUAUUCAAAAUCACAAAAACAUCUCAGUAACAGACAAGUCAGUAAGAAAUCAACCUCAAGUGAAAUUAGAUACAACGGAUAGUAACGAGAUUAAGCGAUUUGAUGAAUCAAGGCGAACUCUGUUCAAGAAUUGCAAGGACCGAAUCAAUGACGAUCUUUGUCGAAACACAUUGAUAGAUUACCCGUACGCUGUCUCUAUUCAAAAGUUGGGUGCGCACUACGCAACAGGAGCUUUGUUGGAUAAAAGAUGGAUUUUGACUGUUGCUGGUGAAUUUUAUACUGUCAGAGAAUCAAUAAAAUUAUUUAGAGUGCGCCUAGGCUCAGUAAACUGCAAAAGAGGUGGCUUGGUAGUUCCUCUUCAAGAGGUAAACAUCCACCCGUUGUACGUCCCAGGAAAGGCAGGGUAUGACCUCGCGCUGUUGAGGAUGGGGGAGGCUGUAAACUUUACUGACUAUAUCAGGCCGAUAAAGCUGUCUGAAGCCAAGGAGAAAGUGAUAAGCGCCAAAUUCUUGGCUACAUAUUGGCCGAGGCUAAUUGUAAAAGGCGAACUGCUCCCUCAGAACGCCAGUGAAAGAACUAAAUCGACCAGUUUAAGAGUGUCAACCCAGCGGCUUAUUGGCGGGCAAUUCUGUCGGAAAAUGAUGCUGGAGAUGAACGAACAUCUGCAAGAAGGCAGUUUGUGCCUCAAGCCCCUGGUCACUCAUCACAGCUUGUGCUUGCCUGACCCUGGAGCUCCCAUAGCAGCAGACGACGGUCUCUGGGGCAUCACCUCGGGGUGGACGUCGAAAUUGUGUUAUAUGGUUCCAGGGCCUACGAUCUUCACAAGAAUCUCCUCGCCACUCGUGCGAUCCUGGUUAGAAACCCAACUUCUGGGGCCAUAGUUUACUUAGUAAUUAAUUACAUAAAUUUUAACACACAAGUACCUUUCUACUUUUAAAAUGGUGAUGUAUUUGUAAUGGAAUAACGCGAGAGCUCCAAAAUAGA